AUGUUAAAAUGUGUAUUUAAGACGAUAGCGCUUUUGUCGGUGUUGACCAAGGCUCAAUUUGAGCAAGAACUUUCUCAAUGCCAGGAGCUUGAGGCUAAGAUGGAAGGUUUAGAUCUUUCCAAAUGUUCUGUUGGCUUGGAGGAAUGUAUCUUGGGUGCGUUUGAUGCUGGAGCUCAAGGAUGUAAUUCAUGCAUUAAGGUUUCUGGUGAUUUCCAACAGGAGUCCAAUUGUGGGUGCAUUGAGUGCAUUGUUUCUGCUUUGAACUCCAAGUGCUUGGCCUCUCAUUGUGUGGCUGAUGGUAAGAACACGGUUAUUCUAAAAAAAAUGAACGAACAAUUGCACAAAAGUAAUGGGUUAUCAAACGCUGGUACAGGUGCUGGAGCGGCUGCUGCUAACAGCCAUGAACUUCACUAUUUCGUUGACGAGAAAAAUGACCAGAUUCUCAGACCUUUGCUUAACCUAGAGAAGAAGCGUUUAAUUCAAAAUUUCUUGGUUGGAGCCAAGUAUCACUUUGGAAGUGGUUCCGCAUUGCAAAAGAGAGGCUUCCCUUGCGAUAAAGUAGACUGUGCUAAAUUAGACAAAAUUCUUCCACAAGGAGAUCAGGUUUACGACGCUUCUUUCUGGGAUAGCUUGAAAUCAAAGAAGGGCGGUAAAGGAAAAGAGGACGACAAAGAAGAUGAUAAAGAAGAUGAACCUUCUUCUACGACGUGUACCUCUGAACCUGUUGAAACAACAAAAGAUGAUGAUGAUUCUGAAGAGAAGGUUAUAACUAAUGUUCUUGAGUGUGACGAAGGUUGUACUACAACUUAUGUUGCAACCUCUUAUAAACCAAAGAAGAAGCUCAUGACUACUUGGAAACCAGUUGAAGUCACUAUUACCGAAACUUUACCCGCUGGAAAGGGUAAAGGAAAGGUGGUUACCAAAACUGAGACUGAGACUGCAACGGCUACUGAGACCGAGACUGAGCUUGCAGUCGAAACGAAAACUAAAACGCAAACUGCCACUUCAACUACCACUGCCACUCAAAAAACUACUGAAACAAAAACACAUAAUGAUGUCAAAACAAAGACACAUACGAAAUGGGAGAAAUAUCUUAAUGUAACUUUGACAGAAACUGAAGAAAAGCCUCUCACUAAAACUGUAUUUAAACAUUCUAAGACUACAGUAACUGAAACUAAUGUUGAAGAGAAAACUAAGACCAGAUUUAAACAUGAUGUGACAACUGUUACUGAAACAGAUUUCGAAGUAACCACUAAAACUAAGUUCAAGCAUGAUGUAACCACUUUCACUGAAACGGAAUUGGAGGAAACGACUAAGACGGUUAAAGUUGCCAAGGUGACAACGACGGAAUGGAAGAAGAAGGUGAAGUUAGAAACUUCCACAACUACAACCACUCAAGGUCAGCUUAUUCCAACAACUGCCACAGUUACCAGUAUUGUAGUAAGUUUGAUUACAGUGACCGCUGCUGCGCCAGCUAACCAAGCCGCAGCUACUAGGGCAAGAUUACCAGCAUUGUCAGGAAUUGGUUUUGGCGUUUUCAAUGCUGAAAAUGGUACCCAAACUGACUACAUUACGGGUUACUCAACCUCAGAAAACUGGGGUGGUGCCAACAAGACCUCUACUGAGCUUCCUGCAUCUACGUCUUGUGACGAUGACAUCAAAAACGGUACGCUAGAAAAUGGCAAUGACUCCAAAUCAUCUAAAGAUGGUACUUUCGAGUCAUCUUCCUCAACAAACACUAAUGCUACCAAAUCUUGGGUCAUCUCUUGUAUUGCCGCAUUGGCUGGUAUCGUUUUUGUGUUUGCCAUUUCUGAAGACCGUGGAAAUGCAGCCGGUGUUCAAGAAAUGAUCAAUGCACAGGGCUUCAAUCCAAGUGACAGCGACGGCGACGAGGAUGAAGACGAUGAAGACAAAUACGACACUAGUAACGAAGGUGCGGAAUACAGUAGCUCAAAGAGAGCCGCCUAUUCGGCAGGCAAACAUGAUGUUCUUGAGUUCGAAGCGGAUGAACUGAUUGACUCAGAUAUUCGUCAGUUGCUAAAUGCAUCUAUUCCAAGCGUGAAUGAGACAAAGGAGCAUUUAGCAACACGUUUAGUUGAUGAUCCAAUUAAGGGUAUUGCUGUUGUAUAA